AUGCAGACUGUUUGUUGCAGCAGCGUGCUGUUUGGAAGCAGGCUGUUGUUGCAGCAGGCUGUUGUUGCAACGGUGUUGUUUGCAGCAGACGUGUUGUUUGCUCUUGCAGACGUGUUUGUUGCAGCGCGUGUUGUUGGUGCCAGGCGUGUUGUUGCAGCAGGCGUGUUGCUUGCUGCAGACGUGAGUUUGCAGCAGACGUGUUUUGCAGACGGGUGUUACAGCAGAUUGUUGUUGCAGGCAGGACUAGAGGUUGUCAGCAGACGCUGGUUGUGGCAGCAAACGGUUGUCGCAGCAGGCGUGUUGUUUGCAUGCAGCGUGUUGUUGCAGCAGGCCGUGUUUGUUGAAGCGGCGUGGUUGGUGCAGCAGGCGUGUUGGCCGGCAGCAGGACGUGUGUUAACAGACGUUUGUUGCAGACAGGUGUUGCAGACUGUUGGCGUGUUGACGCAGGCAGGCGUGUUGUCCGCAGCAGACGUGGUUGUUCAGCAGCGUGUUGUCGCACAGACGUGUUUGUUACAGACGGUGGUGUUGCAGACGUUGUGUUGCAGACAGGCGUGUUGUUGUCAGCAGAUUGGUGUUGUUGCAGCAGACGUGGUUGCGUGGACCAUGCAGGCUUUUGUUGCUGCAGGCGCUUGUAGCAAGCAGGCGCGUUGUGCAGCAGGCCGUGUUUUGUCGCAGCAGACGUGUUGUUUACAGACGUGGUAG